AUGUUCGGCUUUCAAAGAAGGGGAUUGGGCACUCGGCGUCUGCUGCUCUCGGUUCUGCUCCUCGCAGUCUGGGAGCCCGCGAGCGGCCAGGUCCGCUACUCGGUCCCGGAGGAGGCCAAACACGGCACCUUCGUGGGUCGCAUCGCCCAGGACCUGGGGCUGGAGCUGGCGGAGCUGGUGCCGCGCCUUUUCCGACUGGCGUCCAAAGGCCACGGGGACCUUCUGGAGGUAAAUCUGCAGAAUGGCAUUUUGUUUGUGAAUUCUCGGAUCGACCGGGAGGAGCUGUGUGGGAGGACUCUGGAGUGCAGCAUCCACCUGGAGGUGAUCGUGGACAGGCCGCUGCAGGUUUUCCAUGUGGAGGUGGAGGUGAAGGACAUUAACGACAAUCCGCCGCUGUUCUCUCUCAGAGAACAAAAACUGCUGAUUCCUGAAUCUAAGCAACCCGACUCUUAUUUUCCUCUAGAGGGAGCUUCUGAUGCGGAUAUAGGAGAAAAUGCUCUAUUGACCUACAGACUAAGUCACAAUGAGUAUUUUUCUUUAGAAUUACCAACACAAAAUAAGCAGACUAAAAGACUGUCGCUUAAAUUAAAGAAGUAUCUGGAUCGAGAGAAAACUCCAGAAUUUAAUUUGCUACUGACCGCUGCAGAUGGGGGAAAACCGGAGCUCACUGACACCAUUCAGCUUUUCGUCCACGUCUUGGAUAUUAACGACAAUGAUCCGGAAUUUGAGCAAUCAGAAUACAAGGUGAAACUGACGGAAAACGCAGCUAAAGAAACUUUUGUAAUAAAGCUAAACGCCACAGAUCCAGAUGAAGGAGUCAAUGGUGAGGUAACCUACUCCUUGAUAUCAAUUAAGCCCAAUGGAAAACUCUUAUUUACACUAGAUGAAAAUAACGGAGAAGUGAGGGUCAAUGGAACUUUAGAUUAUGAAGAAAACAAGUUUUAUGAAAUUGAAGUACAGGCCACAGAUAAAGGGAAUCCCUCAAUGGCAGGUCAUUGUACAGUCUGGAUAGAAAUCUUAGACGCGAAUGAUAACGCCCCUGAAGUCACCAUAACUUCCCUGUCUCUCCCAGUACCAGAGGACGCUCAGCCCAGCACGGUCGUCGCCCUAAUCAGCGUAUCCGACCGUGACUCUGGCGCCAACGGGCAGGUGACCUGCUCACUAGCACCCCAAGGCCCCUUCAAGCUGGUGUCCACCUUCAAGAAUUACUAUUCGCUGGUGCUGGACAGCGCCCUGGACAGAGAGAGCGUGGCGAACUACGCUCUGGUAGUGACCGCACGCGACGGAGGCUCGCCUUCGCUGUCGGCCACGGCCAGCGUGUCCGUGGAGGUGGCCGACGUGAACGACAACGCGCCGGCAUUCGCGCAGCCCGAGUACACGGUGUUCGUGAAGGAGAACAACCCGCCCGGCUGCCACAUCUUCACGGUGUCGGCGCGCGACGCCGACGCGCAGGAGAACGCGCUGGUGUCCUACUCGCUGGUGGAGCGGCGCGUGGGCGAGCGCGCGCUGUCGAGCUACGUGUCGGUGCACGCGGAGAGCGGCAAGGUGUACGCGCUGCAGCCGCUGGACCACGAGGAGCUGGAGCUGCUGCAGUUCCAAGUGAGCGCGCGCGACGCGGGCGUGCCUCCCCUGGGCAGCAACGUGACGCUGCAGGUGUUCGUGCUGGACGAGAACGACAACGCGCCCGCGCUGCUGCCGCUGCCCGGGGCGCGCGGCGGGGGCGGCGCGCUGAGCGAGCCGGUGUCGCGGGCGGUGGGCGCGGGCCACGUGGUGGCCAAGGUGCGCGCGGUGGACGCGGACUCGGGCUACAACGCGUGGCUGUCGUACGAGCUGCAGCCGGCGGCGGGGGGCGCGCGCAGCCCGUUCCGCGUGGCGCUGUACACGGGCGAGAUCAGCACGACGCGCGCCCUGGACGAGGCGGACGCGCCGCGCCAGCGCCUGCUGGUGCUGGUGAAGGACCACGGCGAGCCGGCGCUGACGGCCACGGCCACUGUGCUGCUGUCGCUGGUGGAGAGCGGCCAGGCGCCCAGGCCUUCGUCGCGGGUGUUGGCGGGCGGCGCGGGCGCGGGCGCGGGCGCGGCGCUGGUGGACGUCAACGUGUACCUGAUCGUCGCCAUCUGCGCGGUGUCCAGCCUGUUGGUGCUCACGCUGCUGCUGUCCACGGCGCUGCGGUGCUCGGCGCCGCCCAGCGAGGGCGCGUGCGGGCCGGGGAAGCCCACGCUGGUGUGCUCCAGCGCGGUGGGGAGCUGGUCGUACUCGCAGCAGAGGCGGCAGAGGGUGUGCUCUGGGGAGGGCCCGCCCAAGGCCGACCUCAUGGCCUUCAGCCCCAGCCUGCCUCGGGGCCUGCAUGGAGAAGUCGGAGGGGAAAGGCAGGAGGCAGGAUCAAAUCACCCUGGGCAGGUUGGCAGUCUUCCUUAAGUUUUGUGGGUUCAUCUAGAAAGGAAAAUGUUAAGUCUAUUAAAGUGA